AUGGCGGCGUCAGCUAAGAAGAAGAAUAAGAAGGGGAAGACUCUCACCCUGACUGACUUCCUGGCAGAGGACACUGGCGGCAGCAGUGCAGUCCCAAGCUACCCAACCAAAACCACUAGCUGGGCAGAUGAAACUGACGACCUGGAGGGAGAUGUCUCAACUUCAUGGCACACGGAGGAGGAUACAUACCGGGCGCCACCCAUUGACCGCUCCAUCCUGCCCACAGCGCCUCGCUCAGCUCGUGAACCCAAUAUUGACCGGUCCCGACUGCCCCGCAGCCCGCCAUACACAGCCUUCCUGGGCAACCUGCCGUAUGAUGUCACUGAGGACUCGAUCAAAGACUUCUUCCGCGGUUUGGCAAUCAGUGCUGUGCGUCUGCCCCGAGAGCCCAGUAACCCAGAGAGGCUGAAGGGCUUUGGCUAUGCUGAAUUUGAUGACGUGGAUUCCCUCCUGAGGGCCCUUAGUCUCAAUGAGGAGAACCUGGGAAACCGAAGGAUCCGUGUGGAUAUUGCAGACCAGUCCAAUGAUAAAGAGAGAGACAGUGGAAUGAUGGGAGGCAGAGACAGGGGAAGGAUGUCGGACAUGGGUCCUGACAAGACAGACACUGACUGGAGAGCUCGGCCCAGUGCAGACGCAGACGAUGGACCUCCCAAGAGAGAUGAUGCCUUUGGAGAGAGAUCACGAGACCGUUAUGAGUCGGGAGGUUACAGAGAUGGACCGCGACGGGACAAUGACCGCUACGAAGGUGGAAGAGACCGUUACCGGGAUCGCUAUGACGACAGGGACCGCAGAGAGUUUGAUAGAGGAGGUUUUGACUCUCGUGGUGGUGGAGGUGGGCGUCGUGCCUUUGGCAGUGGCUUCCGCCGCGAUUAUGAUGACAGUCGGGGUAGCAGUGACCGUUAUGGAGAGCGGGAUCGUUAUGGAGAGCGGGAUCGUUAUGGAGACCGUGACGAGAAGCGGGAUGAGAGGCGUGAGGAGAGAGGUCCUCAACAGAGACCCAAGUUGAACCUUAAGCCCCGUAGUGUGCCCAAGGAAGAGGAAGCAAGCAGCGGCGGCGGUGGAACUUCCCCAGCUGCAGCUCCGAGCUCCGGCAGCAGAGCAUCAUCCAUCUUUGGCGCGGCCAAGCCGGUUGACACAGCAGCCAAGGAGAGGGAGGUGGAGGAGAGGCUGAAGAAAGAGGAAGAGAGGCUGCAGAGGCAGCUGGAAGAGGACAAAGGCCGGGGACCCGACAGAAAGAUGCGAGACAGGGACCCAAGCUGGCGCAAUGAGGAAUCGCAUACUGAGCGAUCUCGCACAGCAAGCGAGUCUUCACAGCCAGGAAGCACUUCUGGAAGAGGGUCCCGGUGUCGAGAUGGCGAGCGCUCUGGGGACAAUGAGGUGUUCAGUGGGAGAGAAGGUGAACCCUCCUCCCCUGGGUCCUCCCCGCUGCCCCCCUCUACCGGCUCCUCCAAGGAGCCCCUGAAGGUGAUGCCCGCUCCUCCUCCUAAGGAGAAUGUCUGGGCCAAAAGAAGUGCAGUCAGCACAGGCUCUAGCGAUGGUGAUGGCCGACCUCUAGUCUCUCCUGUCUCCCCAGGUGGUUCAGCUCCUCCCAAGCUCAGCUCCCCAGGUUCUGUGGAUGAUUUGGGAUGUGGAAAAGAUGAGAACAAGGCUGAAGGUGUGCGUCGGGACCGAGGGCCCCCACGGGCAAGAGGGGGGCCUGCAGGGCCUGGAGCAGGGCGGGGCCGAGGAGAGGGGCCCAACAGAGACCGAAGAAAGGAGGCCGACAGAAAGGAUAACAGAAGAGACCGAGACUCCAGACCACCCCCAGAGCCAAAGAAAUUCGAAGAAACCCCAACCCCCAAGUUCAGCUCAGCCAGUAAGUACGCCGCUUUGCUAAUGGACGGAGAUGAUGCAGAGGACGUAGAAUAGAGAGAAAUUGAUGAGACGGCGCCUGAAAGCGCAAGAAGAGGAGAAAACGCCGAAUGCAGGAAAAAAAAAUAAUCUCACAUAGCUUAUGAAAAAAACUCCACAUGGAAGAGGCUCCUGGGAGGACAUCACUCCCUACCUUCUUUCCUGCUACAAACCUGUCCUUUACUUUCAAAACACCCCCCUCCCACCCACGUACCCACCCUCCCCUGACCCUCCUUCUGGACUAUUCCGCUUCUGAAGAAUAGUCACAUACUGGACUUGUUUUAAAUGGAAAAAACAGAGUAGCUGACACGUGGAAAAGUGAUGGAUAACAUUGAAUUAAUUGUAAUAAAUAAAUGAAAAAAGUGGGGAAAAAAUGAAUUUGUAUAUUUGUGAAUCAAAGGUUUAGUGAGGUCAGAUGUUAUCCAACAGAAGAUGUAGCUUAGUGCAACCUGUUUUUUCUAAAUCAAAUUUUGACUUGCAUAAUAAUUCAUUAUUAGACCCCUGUUAUUUGUUAGAAAAUAAUUUGGUAUUAGAUAAUUAUUCUAAACCAAUCUCUUAAGUCAAAUUUAGUCAUGAAAAUCAGUCUUCCAACACUAACAGUCAUGAAUGUUGAGCCUGCUGACUAAUUUAAAAAUCUUUGUCAAUCAUGUGUGUACCAUUCAACACAGUAUUACAAGAGGGGAAUGUGUAAUACAUAGACUACAGUAAUGCAGGAGUGACCCGCUACAAGUGCCAUUACUAUCGCCCCAGUCAUUGUACAGAUGUCUCUUUCUACACCUGAUGAAAUAAUCAAAUCAAUUAAAGGCUCCUCAUGGUCGUUUACAGCA